AUGAUGUCAUCUUCUCCUCCACAUCAUUCUCAAGAUUUCGCAAACAAUCAAGGCUCAAGCAAUGAUGACAAUAUCUACCUAAUGUCCUCUCCGGCCUUCCCUGAUUUGAAUUUCCAAUUGCAGAAUCUAGAUACAUAUAUUGAUUCGGAUAGUGCAGGCAAGAACUAUACAACUGCAGGUAAUGGGAUUGAUCCCAACAAUUCUAGUAACUACAAUACGACCGCCACCAAUAAUGCUCAUGGCAGUUAUUCAGAUAGUUCGUUCAAUGAUAAUGGAAUGAAUCAGUCUAAUGAUAGGGAACUGAUUAACGACGUACCAACAGUCACUUCCUCACAAUUGGGAAGUUCUGAUGAGAAUACCCUCGGGGAAACUCAAAUUCAACCUCAAAAUUUAAACCAUCAGUAUCAGCCGGCAGAUUGUCAGCCCAACGAAAAAGGUGAUGAAGAUUCUGAUGCGGAACUCACCGAAUUAGUACCAGUUUCUUUAAACACAAACUCGGGUCUACAAUAUCCUAGUACUUCACUCCAGCACAUAAACCCCACCCUGACAGAAUCGAAAACCUCAUCGUCAAUUGACAGCCAUUUCACUUCGUCUAAAUCAACUACUUCGAUUUCGAGUAAUUUAUUCCAGACACCUUCAAAACCACUGCAGAAUCUAACUUCUUUCGCUAGCUCUAACAAUAUACCAUCGUUACAAUCACCUGUUAGAAAUGCAUAUCCAAUUAGAUCAAGUACAAUAAACCCUUAUACCCAUAGGAGAUCGUUAUCAAAGGUUGGGCUUGAGAAUUCUCCACUCUCCUAUCAAACCUCUUCACUUUUAUCACCCAAAGUUAAGAAGAAAUCACACCGUAAAAAUAUAUCCAUUUCAAGUACGUCUGCGUUGACACAUUUGGAAACAGAUUUACAGUUACAAUCGAGUAACAUUCAGUCGUUUCAUGCAUCCCCAACAGAUUUGCCAUUGCGCACUCCGGAAUCUUUGGUAAAUCAUGGAUAUUAUAUUCCUGAACAUGAAGAUUAUGCUGAUAAGGUCAAUACCACAGAGGGAAAUCAAUAUGAAGAUACAACUUUGCAAGAUAAUUUUGAUACCAGGUACUUAGACGAUAACAACGUUGGCAUUAAUCUAUCGUUUGAUAACGACUUACUGAGCAAUGCACACAGUAAUUUUAUUGGAUCUGAGCUAAAUAGAUCUGGCAAUAGUGAAAUCUUAAAUGUUCCUAACUUCUAUUUUGGAAACUUCUUCACAAAUGAUAAUCAAUUAUCAUCGAAUCAGAACCAACAAUUAUCAUUAGGUGAUGCUUUAUUUGAUGCAGCAGGAAAUGCCAACUAUGAAUUUCCGGCAUCUUUGGGAUAUGAUCAGCAGGAACAGCAUGAUAUUCUGGAACCACCUCCACCACCUCCGUCGACCGCCUUUUCUAGUGUAGGACAUCAUUCUCCAUAUAUGGAGAAUAAUGAAAACGCGUCUUUCCAUCAACAUCAACAAUAUCAACAGCCUCAUCAGCAACAGCAACAGCAACAUUUAACUCCAACAUUGCCUCCACUGCCGCCUAGAUCAAUGCUACAAAGAUCCAAGGUUAGAGUGAAUCUAGCAGAAGCCGCAACGAAUAAGGAGAGAAAGAAUGCUUCUGGAUUGAGGGGCAGCCCAUCGAUUAACUCUAUAGAAGGUGGGCAUGAAUCAGCUAUCUACGAGUCUAAUUCAAUGUCUAACUCUGAAUCUGGUUCACAGCCCCACUCCCAAUCACAAACACCGAAGUCUGCAUCUAGGUUAUCCAGCCGUUCGAACCUGGGAUCGUUUUCGUUGGAAGAAGUUGCCCAAACGCCACAAACGAGAGUACGGACUCGUGCAAACUCCAGAUUGCAAAGGGCAUCAAAUAAGCCUACUCCUGGUCCAGUAGGUAAUGAGCCUUCUACUUCAAAACAAGAUGAUGCCUCACCUAACUUGACCGCUAGUACGAAAACACCGACAGUUACAACCCGUUCCAAAUCAGGGCGGAAAACGCUGGAGCCUCAAGAAUUAAUGGAACUUGUCCACAUUGAUUUGCCCCAACAAUCUGCAAGAUCUAAAUCAAGAGCCAAAAACAAGGGUAAAGAUGGUAAGAAAGUGCAUGAAUGUCCAUUGUGUAAAAUGGCAUUCCAACGGCCCGAACAUGUUAAGAGGCAUAUGAUUUCGCAUUCUUCUUCUAGACCUUUUGAGUGUCCUGAGCCUAAUUGUUCUAAGCGUUUUAACAGAAAGGACAACCUCAAUCAACAUUUAAGAAACAUUCAUAAAAGAGAGCCAUAG